ACGAUGGCAACAUGUCCAAGUGAUAAAGACCCCAAUGAAGAUCUAAAAGACCCCGGUGCUGCUCCUUACGGGAAUUUUAUUAACUAUUACAGUUUUAAUCCUCCAGAAAACCGCCUGAAGCUGAUUCCAGAAACGCUCCUGCGGGAUUUAGGUCACGGUGACGUGGAAGAGGAGCCAACGCUCAUCCUGGACGUGGGGUGUAACUCAGGGGAACUAAGUGUGGCCGUCUACAAGCAUCUUGUACAGGAUCCAGAGGAAAAGUCCCAGAGGAGCACAGUUCACCUUCUUGGCUUUGACUUGGAUGGAGCUCUAAUAGAGCGUGCAAAGCAGACCAACCCUCUGCAAAAGAACAUCUCCUUCAUGCAGCUGGACAUCACUGAGGAAACUAAGCAGCUCCAGGACUACCUCAGUCAGCACCGGUGCUCCCACUUCCACCUGUGUCUGUGCCUGGCAGUCACCAUGUGGGUCCACCUGAACCACGGAGACUCAGGCCUCCUGCAGCUGUUGUCUCGCCUGGCCUCCAUCAGUCAGCACCUCCUGCUGGAGGCUCAGCCCUGGAAGUGUUACCGCUCCGCAGCCCGGCGCCUCAGGAAGCUGGGCCGCACCGACUUUGAGCACUUUAAGACUUUAAAGAUCCAGGGUGACAUUGCAGAACACGCCAGGGAGCACCUGGAGAGGCACUGUGGCAUGGAGCUGAUGAGGAGCUUUGGCAGCACCACAUGGGACCGCAAGCUGCUGCUGUUCAGACGGAGACGAGCUUAAGAGACGCUUCAGGAGAGUCUGGAAAACAAAAAUUAAAUGUCUGAUGAGUUUAAUACUAAAGAGGAUUUUCAUUUUAAUAUUAAGGACGAGGUUUUAAAUCAAACCUUCCUCAAAGCUUUACAUAGAAUACAUGAAAGCUCC